GGAACCGGCAACGGUUAUGGUGGUUUGAACAUCUUGUAUAUUUGGACUGUCGCCUCGAUGGCAGCCACGUGGGCAUUUCCUCUAUUGCAGCAAAAAUCCCGCGAUUGUGAAAUGAUACAAAAUUACGUGGCAUUCGCUCUCGCAUCUUUGCGCCUUUGCCUAUACAAAUUGCGUGUUGAUCUUGACAGAAACUGUGAAAAGUGGUUCUCUUUGCUUCUCUUCCUGUGGGAUUUCUGAGUCGAAGCAAAGUACGGCAAUGGCGUAUAAGAUUUGGCCUCAGUCACGUUCUUAGAUAUUCGAUCGUUUUCGCUUCUCGCAUAAGAUCACUUGUUUGUUUCCCGUGGAGUUUUCGACCAGUUUAUAGAUAUUGAAGGUGUUCCGUAUUGAGUUUUCGUCGACUUGAGGAUUCUAACAGGAAUUCCCUGUUGAAUUUGAAUUUCGACGACGAGGUGCAGAUUUUUACAGCUCACAGAUAUAACCUGGAUGUCUUAUGUCUUUCUUCUUGGUAAUGAGAUACAUGAAGCUAGCAGAUAUAGCGGCUGGAGAUGGAACUUUCUGCUCUUUUGACUUCUGCUGGAAUUAAUACAGCCAUAUGUACGAUACUUUUGUCACUAUAUUCCAUAUUGAGAAAACAACCAAGCAAUGUAAGUGUGUACUUUGGGCGGAGGCUUGCUUCUGGUCGUUAUAGACAGAAAGAUCCUUUUAGCUUGGAGAGAUUUGUGCCUUCUCCUAGUUGGAUUCUGAAAGCUUGGGAAACGACUGAGGAAGAAUUACUGACUAUUGGUGGCUUGGAUGCCGUGGCUUUUCUCAGGAUAAUUGUUUUUAGUAUUCGGAUUUUUUCCAUUUCUGCAGUUGUUUGUUGUUUUAUAGUGCUUCCUGUGAAUUAUUAUGGGAAAAUGAUUCAUCACCAGCAUAUCCCUAGAGAAUCUCUGGAAGCAUUUACCAUCUUAAAUGUCCCAGAAGGCUCAAAAUGGCUUUGGUGUCACUGCCUCGCAUUAUAUAUCAUAACCUGUGCAGCUUGUAUUCUCCUUUACUUGGAAUAUAAGAGCAUCGCUAAAAUGAGACUAGAUCAUAUUGAUGGAUCUCCACCAAAGCCAAGUCAUUUUACAGUUCUUGUUCGUGCUAUUCCCUGGAACCCUGAUGAAUCAUACAGUGAUUCAGUAGAAAAGUUCUUUACAGAUUAUCAUGCAUCAGGAUACUUGUCACACCAAAUGGUGCAGCGAUCUGGUACAGUUCAGAAACUGAUGAGUGAUGCAGAGAAAAUGUGCAGGAUUUUUAAGGCUGCUACUGGGGAACAUAGUUGUAGACAAGGUUUAAUGCGAUGUGGUUUUUGUGGAGGACCACCAAAUUCUUUUAAGAUCCUAUCUUCUGAGCCGGACAGUGUUAGAGGGAAAAGCUUGGGUGACUUGGAUUUGGCUAGAAGAAAGGAAUGUGCUGCUGCUUUUGUCUUUUUUAAGACUCGCUAUGCUGCUGUUGUUGCUUCUCAGGUUCUUCAGUCGUCAAAUCCCAUGUCAUGGGUGACAGACAUGGCUCCAGAUCCACAUGAUGUUUAUUGGUCCAACCUUUGGAUACCAUAUGGUCAACUGUGGAUCCGCAAGAUAGCAACGCUUAUGGCUGCAAUUGCUUUCAUGCUAGUGUUUCUUAUUCCUGUCACUGUUGUACAAGGCCUGACUCAACUCGAGCAGCUUCAGCAAACAUUUCCUUUCCUUAGAGGAAUUUUGAAGAAGAAAUAUUUUAGCCAGUUGGUAACAGGUUACCUACCAAGUGUGAUUUUGAUUUUAGCAUUUUAUGCGGUUCCACCAACCAUGAUGCUAUUUUCAGCAGCGGAGGGGUGCAUCUCCCGCAGUGGGAGGAAAAAGAGUGCAUGCUGCAAAGUCUUGUACUUCACAAUCUGGAAUGUCUUUUUUGUUAAUGUCUUUACAGGGUCUGUUAUCCGACAAUUGCGUGUAUUUUCUAGUGUGAAAGACAUACCUGCCCAACUUGCCAAUGCAAUUCCAUUACAGACUAGCUUCUUCAUGACCUAUGUUUUAUCAUCUGGUUGGGCAAGCUUGUCAUGCGAAGUAAUGCAACUAUUUCCUCUUCUUUGCAAUGUGAUUAAAAAGUGGAUACUUAGAAUCAAGGAUGAUUCACCUGAGGGCACAAUGUCUUUUCCUUACCAUACUGAAAUGCCAAGAGUCCUACUGUUUGGAUUCCUUGGCUUCACCUGUUCCAUCUUGGUGCCCCUAAUGUUGCCCUUCUUGCUGGUUUACUUUGUACUUGCUUACUUUGUAUAUCGAAACCAGAUACUCAAUGUUUAUGUUUCAAAAUAUGAAAGUGGAGGACAGUUUUGGCCCAUUGUCCACAAUACAACAAUCUUCUCAUUGGUUUUCAUGCAAGUAAUUGCUCUUGGGGUUUUUGGACUAAGAAAAUCGCCAGUGGCUUCAGGCUUCACCAUUCCACUGUUUAUUGGUACUCUUCUAUUUUAUGAGUAUUGCCGGCAGCGAUUUCUCCCAAUAUUUAGGAACCAUGCUGCAGAGAUUCUUAUUAAGAUGGAUCGACGAGAUGAGCAGUCAGGGAAGAUGGAAGAGAUUUAUCAACAGUUGCGUUCAGCUUAUACCCAUACAGAAACUUGUAAUGACUCACGUAGAUCCGAAAUAUCUAAUCAUCACGAGAAAGCAGACAGCAUUCCAGAUCCAGAACAUGUGAAGCCAGGUUUGAUUCAUCCAACGCUUGGGAGAGUUCCUGUAUCUGGAAUAAGAGAUGUAAUUGCCUGGUUGUCUUUGCUUUUCACUUUUCAGGGAAAAAACUUGGCCAAAUAAUUGGAAUUGGAUCAUGGGCUGUCCAUCACAGUUUAGAAUAGCAGAAUUUUACAAGAAGUAAAUUGAGCAUCUCUUAUUUGUACAUACUCAACAUGUUAAUGUGCAAAUUCUCAUACGCCCGCCAUCAUGCCGAUGGCACUUGAAGAAGGACUGGAGAAAAUGUACAGGUAGGUAGUAGGACAAAUUAGCAGAAAAAUGCAGUGUUGCUUAGGCAUACGGAUGAGGAACUCUUUCCUAUUCAAAAAUUCCCAGAUUUUUUUUUUUUUUUUUUUUUUUUUUAAACCGUGUGAAGGCAGAACUGGUAGCAGAAAUUUUGUACGAUACAGACAAAAAACAUUGAUAUUUCAUGUAGUGAGCGCGAUGAAUGAUGUUAUUAAAACCAU